CGAACUGUGUAGGUUGACGCAUCAUCCAUUUCAAAGUGUGUCGCAGGAGGGGAGGAGGAGCAGAGACUCUGGCUGCAGGAUCACUGGCAAGGCAUGCUGGGGAGCUCACAGCAAGCUGGAUGGUGCAAGAAACCCCCAUCACACACAAAAGCAAGAGCUACUUUUUUGCAAGUUGUCUGCAAGGUCACUUACACCAUUGUCCUUCUCACCAUCACUGAGGUCAGAGGCGCUACAGGGAACAACGAAGUGUCAGUGACCGUAGGUGACAGCUCAGUGCUCGCCUGCCCUCUCAAAUCAAAUAUAAAUAUGCUAACAUGGAAAAUUCCCAAGGCUGGAGGCCCCUGCAACUUGGGCUACAGGGCUGAUACGAACACGACAGACAGAACAAACUGCAGUGACAGCAUGAACUGGAAAUUCAGACCAGAUCUGGGUCCUGUGCUUGGGAUACAGCAAGUGGGGAUAGCCCAGGAGGGAAACUACAUCUGUGAAGUUGUAACACCAGAAGGGAAUUUCCACAGGAUAUACCACCUGACCGUAGUAGUGCCCCCAAGGCUGAGCCUCUUCUGUGAUGAGCACGGGAAGCCCGUGUGCGAGGCAGCGGCAGGGAAGCCGCUCUAGGUCUCGUGGCUCCUAGGGAACAACUCCUCCCUUGAGGAAGAAAGCCAUGACAAUGGGACAGUGACUGUUCUCAGAAGGUUGACAGCAUGUAACACCAACGUGACUGACACAACCUGCAUGGUGUUCCACCCAGCUGGGAGCUGGAGUGAGUCCAUAGCCUGUUGUCCCUCAGAGAUUGGAAGCUUUCUUCACUGUGUCAUCAGCCUUAUGAGCCUCCUGGGCCUCUUCUUCCUGCAGGCUGUUUUUCGUCUCUACACCUUCUGUGGUAGCAGGGCAAUGAGAAACUAGUACCAAGCACAGCAGCUUCCAUCUGCAGAAGUGUCUCAGCACUUAGCAGAGAUGAAAGGAAGUCCCAGUAUGUCUUAGCAAUGUGGCAUGCAGCAAGAACUCACUGGUACCAAAUUGUUCAGGAGAAGGAAGCAAACAUCUACAAUGCAGCCAUAUGUGACUGUGCAGAAGCACGGCUGUAAUCGCUCAUGCAAGUUUCGCUCUUUUUUUAGAAG